AUGCGGAUAUUGAUUCCUUUACUAACAAGAGCAAGGAUUACAUUCAAUGAUUUAUCCAUAGCUGAUGAGAAAUCUCAAUCGAUUCCAAAUAUGUAUAGAAGCGGUGAAAAUUUAAAUGAAACAUUUACUUUUGCUUCUCUUACUGCAUAUGGUGCUUGGAAUGAUGAUAUGCAAUUAAUGAUUACAAUACAUCGAAAUUCAGCACUGAUCUACACAUAUACAACAACUUAUUCUUUUUGA